CCAGCAGUGAACGCGGACGUGUCUCAUCGUCACAACAACAACAAGAGAAGAUGUCGAGUCCCAAUUUACCUCCUUGUCCUCCUCAGCUGAAGACGGUGCAGCAUUAUCUCAAGAUUGCUAAUGACUACGACAAGAGGGAGCCCGUUGUUGCCUAUUGGGUUCGUCUCUAUGCACUACAGACGGCACUCAAAUUGGACCGCAAGUCACCAGAAGCUCGUGCUCUGCUGACUGCCCUUAUGGAUUAUUUAGAAACCUUCAAGAAGACCCAUGCUGAUAAUGAAGCUGUAACAAGUGAUGUUGCAGGCCAAGCUCUUGUAGAAAAUGUUGUUCAUAGGCUCUUCUCAUGGGCAGAUAAUGAAGAUCGCAAUGAAAGGUUUAAUAAGAAUGUUGUAAAGGUAUUCUAUUCAGCUGGUUUGCUGUGCGAUGUCUGUGAAGUUUUUGGGGAGCUGACAGACGAGGUGGCAUCGCAGAGAAAGUAUGCCAAGUGGAAAGCAACGUAUAUCCAUAAUUGCCUAAAGAACGGAGAAAAGCCUAUCCCUGGGCCAAUGGGUGGAGAUGAUGAAGGCUUAGGAGAAGACGUAGGCGGAGAGGAAGCGCAGGGGGCUGUGGGUCAUAGUGGGGGUGCGGACUUAGGCUGGUCCCACCCACCUCAGCCAGGAAUGUCUCUACCGUCUGUGCCUAAUAGCGCGUCAGCGGGCGGUCUGCCAGAUGUGUCCUCUUCAACUCCGCCUCCUUCGGUUCCUUCAGUGCCACAUUCUUUACCUCAGAUGCCUCGAGUCCAGCCAACACCAGAUGCAGGUAACAUCCCCCACAUGCCAGUGACACAGACAUCAAGUACGGGUGUUAAAUUGAGUCCAUCUGACAUGAAUAAAGCCCAGAAAUAUUGCAAGUGGGCUGUGUCUGCACUUGAUUACGAGGAUUCAAAAACUGCAAUAGAUAAUCUCCAGAAAGCAAUAAAUCUGCUCAAAACAGGAAAGGACAGUUGAGACAAGAGACAAACCUCACUAUCUUGCAGUAAUGUAGUUUAUUAUUUUUGGUUAUUUCUGCAAUGAGAAUAUUAAGCCUCUUGUGUGGAAGCAAAUUAAAUUUAUGUUCUAUAACUGUAAUCAGAAUUUAUAUAUAUAUCAGUGUGUGUGGUUGAAUGUUUGUUUGUUUGUUUGUUUGCACAUGUGCAUACAUGCUUACAUGCAAGCUUUUCUGUGUUUAUGAGUGAGUAUGUAUGUGCAUAUGGGUGUUAGUUCGUGUUUAUGAGUGUGUGGACGUAUCUAUAUGCCUGUUUGUAUAUGUAUAAGCAAAUAUACAUUUAUAGAUACACAUAUAUACCUACGCACACAUAUAUUCUCGGUGAUGCAGUGUAAAUGAAAAGCUUUAACUUUCUUUUUUUUUGUGAAGGAAUAGGAAGGCUUACUGACAUAUUUUGAUUUUUGGACAAUGAUAAUCAAAUGCAGCCAGAGAGCACGGACUUGAUAUAAUGCCUUUGAGCAAAUGCUUUCUUAUUCUGGUUGAAAGUUCCUGCGAGUUGGAAUUUUUCUUUUAUGUAAUGCAAUCAGUUAGAUGUAAAAACUGUAAAUCCUUUAGAUGCAAAUAAUUGCUUCACAGAGUUGUGCAUAUGUAAGUCAGCAAAUUAGUAACCCCCGAGACUUGUAUGAUAUAUCAAUUUCUCCUUUCCUGGUGUAUGAUAAGUGAAGGUGCAAGCAUUAAACACUAUUCACAAAAUACGUUUAUUGAAAGGUGAGUUUAACAAGUUUGAAAUCAUCCUUGACUUCAUCUUCAAGUCAAAAUAUGAAGGUUGAGAGAUUUCCAAGUUGUUUCAUCUUUGUGGAGAGUGUUUUUCUGCCAUUUUGUCGAUACUAAAGUAUUUUGUUAUUCAUAACUCUGUAGUUUAUUUUUCAGUGAUUAAGAAAUUUUGCAAUCAUUUAUACACAAGUGAUUUAAUGAACUAUGACAUGAGAUAUUUUGUUCUUACUAAAAAAAAUAUAUAUAUAUAUAUUAUGUUCAACAAAUAGUGUAAGAGGUUUUGAACAACAUUUUUUUAUGGUCAAGGUGUUAUUGUGUUGAUGUUAUUAUUAAUUUGAUUUUAUUUCCUCUUCUGAGCAUUGUUAUGCCUGGUAAUAUAAAAAGCCCAUGCAUUUAAUGGUGAUGUAUAUUGCCAUAUUUCUGGUAAUGAUAUAUGGCAGAUCCAGCUGUGGCCUUUAUUUUACCAGUGAUCUCUCCUGAAUUGGUUAUAUAUUGUACAGAAAUCUUAUUUGGGUUCAUUUGUUCAUUUAUACUUAGUUAAUUUUUUACAUAUGAUUCCCAUCCAUACUGUACAAUAUAUCAGAUUGUCACAAUUCUGCUGCAAUAUAUACUGUCUUCACAUCAUAAAGGAAUAUUAUUAUCCUUAUUUAUUAGUUGUACAGUACAUUAUUCUAAUAAGAAAAGAAUUUUUUUUUCAGUGAAGAGAGAAAAAGGACAUUUAUACCUGUGUGAACAUCUGUAAGGUACACUUUGGUAUGUUUUGUCAUUGAGUUUCUAGAGAGGAAAAUGAACUGGAGAAUACUAAUACAUGCCACUGUGAUUUAUUUUAACAGAAAAAUGGAGUGGUAAAAGCUAAUGAUUUAGAAUAAAUUUGUAUUUUACUUUUCCACAUAAAUACUGUUCUAAACUUAUCUGUACUGUAUCAUUCUGUAGGAUUUGAGAUACAUUUUUACCAACUACA